AGAUGCCAAGUAAACAAAAGAGUAUACAACUCUAAAGUCAUUCACAUAAUCUUAACCUAACCCAACAGAAAUGAGUGGCUACUAUAAAUAAGAACUCGCGGGAACAACUUAAAACUUAUAAAACCACUUCAAGUUUGCAAAUACAAAUCAAUCUUCUUGUUAUUACAUAUGGCUGCCAAGAAUUUUGUUCCUGGUUACAACCUUUACAAACAAUGUGUAACAAGCAAACCCCUGUUCCCAUUUUUGUCUACUCAUUUCAGCUCUAAUUACAAGACUCCAUUUUGUGUUAAUCCCAAGGCACUUAGGCUCUCAACCACAAGAUUGGGGAGGCCUAUUUCUGCUGUGGUUUCUGAAGAACAAGCUGUGGACUCUAGUUCUUCUGGAGUUGACACAUUCAAGCUCACUUACCUGGAGGGCAAUAGUUGGCUUUGGGAAGUAGGUGGAUUGACUAUUUUAGUUGAUCCAAUUUUGGUGGGUAACUUGGAUUUCGGCAUUCCAUGGCUCUACGAUGCUGCCAAGAAGUUCUUGAAAACUUAUAAGCUUUCAAGUCUUCCAAAGAUAGAUUAUUUGUUGAUCACUCAGAGCCUUGACGAUCAUUGUCAUAUGAAGACCUUAGAACCUCUUGCUCAGAUGCUACCAAAUCUCAAUGUAAUAGCGACUCUAAAUGCCAAGGCAUUGUUAGAUCCUGUUUUCAAGAAUGUUGUGUAUCUAGAGCCUGGUCAGAGCUUUGAAAUGGCAGCAAGUGAUGGUUCUCGGGUCAAAGUCAAGGCUACAGCCGGGCCGGUUUUGGGUCCACCUUGGCAGCGUCCUGAGAAUGGGUAUCUUGUCACAUCUCCACAAGGACAACUGACACUAUAUCUUGAACCUCACUGUGUCUACGAUAAAACCUUUUUAGAGAAGGAACGAGCGGACAUUGUUAUUACACCUGUUAUAAAGCAGCUUUUGCCAAAGUUUACAUUGGUUUCUGGACAAGAAGAUGCAGUUCAACUUGCGAAAACGCUAUGUGCCAAGUUUGUUGUGCCUAUGCAAAAUGGAGAACUUGAUGCCAGAGGACUUCUUGCAGCAUUGGUUCAGUCUGCUGGAACACUAGAAUCAUUUGAGGAGCUUUUGUCAAAAGAACUGCCCGACACAGUCGUGCUAAAUCCUACUCCUGGUGUAGCACUUGAUAUUUCAGCAGCUUGAAAAUCGUCAUCUGCAGUAUGGCCAUCUUUAUGCAUAUAUUGUGUAAUUAAAAUUACCCUAAUCUUAUUCUUUCCAGUUUUACAUAUUAAGAAUCGAAGUCACACUUAGAAAAUGAUUUCGCCUCUCCUGUUUGUACUUUGUAGUGCCUCAGGAUGAAUAGAUAAUUGCCCUGUAAUUUAUACUGCAAAUAUGGUUGAAACAAGAAACACACAUUUUCAAUGUGUAUCUAGUAGUUGGAAUCCUAA